AUGUCGGGCAUCCCUGAAUUGGAAGAGGCCCUGCGCAAGCUCGACGAAGAGCUCGAGGAAGGAGAUAUCACUCGCAAAGGCUAUGAAAAGAGACGGACCCUUAUUCUUUCGCAGUACAUCAGUUCUCCGCCGCUGAGCCUCCAACCACAACCCCAAGCCCAGUCUCGAGGACUUCGCGUACACUCCCCUGACGAUAGCGAUCACCCUGCCUCCAAUGAAGACUCCAGAGCAGCUUCGCUUGCUGCCCUCACCGGCCGAUCAGUGGGCAGCACUUCGAGGAAUGGAACCAUGACUGAGGGCCAUCCCAGUAUGACCCGGCGGGCCUCGGUGCUCAGAGAUGAGUUCAACGAUCCCAGGAGAAGCGUCACGCCUCAAAGUCACAUUCAAAGAUUCCAAGAGAGGGAAACGGGAAGUCUUCCACAUGGCUCGAUGUCGGGAUCCUCCUUCGAUGGCCGGCGCGAAACCUUUUUGACUGCCAACGACCAGUCCCGCACCGAGACGCUGCUGAGCCAGAACUACGCUUUUAAUCCUGAUACUCAACAAAAUUAUGGUGUCAUCGAUACUCGCAACUCUACUAUGCUGGACUCGCAGCAAGGCUAUUUCUCGGAUUUUGCCGGUCAACAACGAGAAGACCACCAAGAGCAUUAUGGAGGGAAUGUACACAGAUACUCGCAGGGUGAGGUGACUUCGCCCACGGCCCAGGUGGCGCCGCCGUUUCUCGGUGCAGGUGAACUUGCUGGAGGUGCUGCUAUCCAUCAAAUGCCCCUGGAGCCGCGCGAAGUGCCAUUCGCCAUCUGUGACCCGCAUGAUUCGCACAUCGAGAUGUCCAGAUUUGAGAACAUCGCCGCCGUCCUUAGACAUCGGGCAAAGACAAAUCCCAAGCAGGCGGCCUACUGGGUGUUGGACCAAAGGGGGAAAGAGCUCGUUUCCAUCACUUGGGAGAAGCUAUGCAGCCGCGCAGAAAAGGUGGCUCAGGUCAUCCGCGACAAAAGCAGUCUUUAUAAGGGGGACCGAGUUGCGCUGAUCUACGUCGAGAAUGAAAUCAUUGAAUUUGCGGUGGCACUGCUGGGCUGCUUCAUCGCCGGCGUGGUGGCUGUUCCGAUCAACGACCUCAAGAAUUAUGCCAAAUUGAACGUGGUAUUGACGUCUACUCAAGCACAUCUCGCCCUGACCACGGAAGCCAACCUCAAGAAUUUUCAACGAGAUAUCACCGCCGCCAAGCUGAACUGGCCGCGAGGGGUGGAGUGGUGGAAGACCAACGAAUUCGGCAGCUAUCAUCCCAAGAAAAAGGGCGAGGAAGUUCCCCUGGUGGUGCCGGAUCUGGCCUAUAUUGAGUUCUCUAUGGCCCCGACCGGCGACCUCCGAGGUGUCGUGAUGAGCCACAAGACAAUUAUGCAUCAAAUGGCGACACUCAGUGCCAUGAUCACGUCGGCGACAAGCAACACCAAAGCUGACACCUUCAAUCCUUCUUUGCGCGACAAGCAAGGUCACUUGAUCACCGGCUCGAGACAUGGCGAAAUCAUGCUGAGCUAUCUCGAUCCGAGACAGAGCAUUGGUAUGAUCUUGGGCGUCUUGUUGAAUAUCUAUGGCGGACACACAAUGAUCUACAUUGAUCAACGGGCCAUCGAGACGCCGGGUCUGUAUGCGAAUCUCAUCACAAAGUACAAGACAACUCUGCUCGUGGCAGAUUACCCUGGGUUAAAACGUGCCGUAUACAACUACCAGGCGGACCCGAUGACGACGAGGAAUUUCAAACGGAAUUUUGAACCCAACUUCUCCAGUGUCAAGUUGUGUAUGAUUGACACCUUGACAGUCGACGUCGAGUUCCACGAAUUACUUGCAGAUCGCUGGCUGAAGCCACUCCGUAAUCCCCGGGCGAGGGAGAUUGUGGCCCCUAUGCUCUGCUUGCCCGAACAUGGUGGAAUGGUGAUCAGCAUGAGAGACUGGCUAGGAGGAGAGGAACGCAUGGGCUGCUCGCUCACCCACGAGAUGGACCGUGAUCAAGAAGCAGAGGAGAAGAAGGAAGAACAAAGCGCGAUUACAAAAUCCAGCUUCGGCAGUAGCCUCAUUGGAGGAGGAACCAAGCCGUCCAAAGAACGUUCGACGGAGGACUUGGGCGAAGUACUCCUGGAGAAAGAGGCUUUGAAGACAAAUGACAUCGUGGUGCUGGCCAUGGGCGCCGAGGCGAGAGCAAAGGCAGCGUCUUAUCCGCACGCUGUCCGAUGCGGCGCAUUCGGAUAUCCCAUCCCUGACGCUACCCUCGCCGUGGUUGAUCCCGAAUCAGGUCUGCUGUGCGCGCCAAACUCGAUAGGUGAGAUUUGGGUCGACUCUCCUUCACUUUCCGGAGGCUUUUGGGCGCUGCCGAAGCACACCGAAACGAUCUUCCAUGCUCGACCAUUUUGUUUCAAAGAAGGCAACCCGACCCCAACCGCAAUCGACCCCGAGUUUUUACGCACCGGUUUGCUUGGAUGUGUCAUAGAGGGCAAGAUCUAUGUCUUAGGACUGUAUGAGGAUCGACUCAGGCAACGGGUAGAAUGGGUCGAGCACGGGUUGGCGGUGCAGGAACAUCGCUAUUUCUUCGUCCAGCAUCUGAUUCUCAGCAUCAUGAGAAAUGUCCCCAAGAUCCACGACUGCUCCGCUUUUGAUUGCUUUGUCAACGAUGAACAUCUUCCUAUUGUUCUUCUAGAAUCCCCCUCGGCUUCAACGGCUCCAUUGUCAUCAGGCGGUCCACCACAACAGCUCGACAUUGCCCUGCUGGACUCUUUGGCGGAGAAGACGAUGGACGUACUGUACCAAGAGCAUCACCUCCGUGUAUACUGCGUCUUGAUUACAGCGCCAGGGAUUCUACCGCGGGUGACUAAGAACGGCCGGCGAGAAAUUGGCAACAUGCUUUGUCGCAAAGAAUUCGACAAUGGGGCACUUCCUUGUGUCCAUGUUAAAUUUGGUGUCGAGCGGGCUGUGAAAAAUCUUCCGGUUGGGGAGGACAUCAACGGUGGUAUCUGGUCGGUGAAUUCAAGUGCGGCAAGAAGCGACCUCCUAUACGACCAGGAGACUCAGUGGUCGGGUGUCGACCCUCGCGAGGUUGUCAUCGAUGACCGCACGUCAACGGCGCUGAGUAAUUUCACCAAUAUUUUUGACCUGAUGCAGUGGCGGGUGGCGCGACAAGCCGACGAACUCGCAUACUGCACGAUCGAUCAGCGAGGAAAAGAAGGGAAAGGGCUGACGUGGAAGAAGUUUGACCAUAGGGUGGCAGCCGUCGCCUUGUACCUCCGGAACAAGGUCAAGGUGAAGCCCAGCGAUCAUCUGAUUUUGAUGUACACUCACUCGGAAGACUAUGUGUUUGCCAUAUACGCAUGUAUGGUACUGGGAGCGAUCGCUAUUCCAGUUGCUCCUUUGGACGCCAACAGACUAUCAGAGGAUGCUCCCGCAUUUCUUCACAUUGUCGCUGAUAUGGGUGUGAAGGCCGUUCUAUGCAACACUGACGUCGACCACUUAUUCAAACAGAAAAUCGUCUCGCAGCAUCUCAAACAGUCUGCGCAGUACCUGAAAACGCAUAUUCCAAGCGUCUAUAACACAGCGAAACCGGCAAAGCAGUCUCACGGGUGUAGAGAGCUCGGUUUGACGAUCAAUCGUUCUUGGAUAUCUCCCACGAAUCCGGUGCUUAUAUGGACAUAUUGGACGCCGGAUCAGCGUCGGGUCUCUGUUCAGCUGGGUCACGACACCAUUCUGGGUAUGUGCAAGGUCCAGAAGGAGACGUGCCAAAUGACCAGCUCGAAACCGGUGCUCGCCUGUGUGCGAAGUACGAUCGGCAUAGGGUUUCUUCAUACCGUCCUCAUGGGCGUGUACAACGGCAGCACCACUUAUCUGAUCUCGCCGCUCGACUUUGCGCAGAAUCCUGGCUCGCUGUUUCAGGCGUUGUCCCGGUACAAAGUCAAAGAUACGUAUGCGACCAGCCAAAUGCUGGAUUUUGCCAUGGGUCACGUCGUCGGCAAAGGUUUCUCCCUGCACGAGUUGAAGAAUCUCAUGGUGACGACCGAGUCGAGACCUCGUCUUGAUUUGUUCUCGAAGGCUAGGCUCCAUUUCGCUCAGACAGGACUCGAACGGACCGCCAUCAACACGAUAUAUGCACACGUCCUCAACCCCAUGAUCGCGUCCCGGAGUUACAUGUCAAUCGAACCAAUCGAGCUCUGGCUUGACGUGCGUGCCCUGAGAAGAGGUCUCAUCUAUCCGGUCGACCCAGACACCGAUCCGACCGCUCUGUGUGUCCAAGAUUCGGGCAUGGUACCGGUUUCUACCCGCAUCGCCGUGGUUAAUCCGGAAACCUGUCAACUAUGUCAUGUGGGGGAAUUUGGCGAAAUCUGGGUUCAGUCGGAAGCGUGCGCAAAAUCCUUCUACAUGUCGAAACAGGUGUUUGACGAAGAACGGUUCAAUGGACGCAUCUUGGGCGGGGAUCCAAAUGCAACCUAUGUCCGAACAGGGGAUCUGGGAUUUCUGCACAAUGUCACCCGACCUAUUGGACCGGGCGGGCAGCCUGUGGAGAUGCAAAUAUUGUUCGUGCUGGGCAGCAUUGGCGAGACGUUUGAAGUUAACGGUCUCAACCACUUCCCGAUCGACAUCGAGAGCACCAUCGAAAAGUGUCAUCGAAACAUUACUCCCGGUGGGUGUGCUGUCUUUCAGGCCGGUGGUAUGGUUGUUGUGCUGGUCGAAGUCUUCCGAAAAUCAUAUAUGGCGUCGAUUGUGCCAGUUAUCGUCAAUGCCGUCCUCCAUGAGCAUCAAAUUAUUGUCGAUAUUGUGGCGUUUGUGGGCGAUGGGGAUUUCCCCAGAAGCAGAUUGUCGGAGAAGCAGAGAGGCAAGAUCCUGGCUUCGUGGGUGACGCGAAAGCUACGCACCAUUGCUCAGUUCGGCAUUCGAGACGGCGAUGGAGCCGAGGGGCAGAUGUCUUCCGCACCUGGUGAACGCAAAGCUCCCAGUAUGGUGAGCAAAACUCUCUCCGUGAAUCAACCAGAUCAGCGGCGUGCCUCGAUCGCGUCGGAGUCUCGGGGAAAUGGCCAAGGAGACAGAAUCUCCAAUCGAUCGAGCAUCGUGCCAGAACUGCCCUUCUCGUUGCCCCCGAACCAUUAUCAGAUUGACCCGACCGGCCUCUACGACCCCGGCGCAUCCGAUAGCAAGCAAACUGGAGUAUCGCUCAGCGACAAACCUUAUACUCUUCCGGAAGGAGUAGUUGAGAUGCCAACGAGUAACUUCGACGACAUGGACGAGACCUCCAAUCCCUACCUUACGGACGAGAAAUUCUUCGACCCGAACGCCGACCCAGACCAACAACUUGACGACUACACGCCUCAAGGCUCGCAACUGGACCUCGCGCGGGGAGGACCGCCCAAGCUAUCGCUGGUCAACCCGAAUGAGUAUUCGGUGCACGGCAGCAACGACAAUACCCCGACCUCGUACACGGCAACCGCCACGCCGACAUCCGCCAUCCCGAACGCAUUGAGAUCCCCCGUGGAGCACCGUCUGGACAGCCCCUAUGAAGACCAAGGCAACCCAUUCCGAAACUCCAUCCCCGCGUCGGUGCCCAGCUUUGAUUUCAUCACCCACUCAGUGUCCUCGCCGUCGGCGGCGACCAGAAACCCUGUGUCGGCCCGAGAGCAAAUGGCCAGUGCCAGCGCGGCCUUCAACAAGGUGACCUCUCCCACGCCGGCCAGUCCCACUACCACCGGCGGCCGUGCGCUUCUUCCUAGCCAGCAAGCGCGAUACCCCAACUACGGCGCGAAUUCCAAGCCCCUGCCGCGCCGACAGUCAAGCGACCAUUCGUACGAAGUCAAGGAUCUGCCGCAGGAGGCGUUGACCUAUGCUGCGUCGACGCACAGCCGCAGAUCUGGGUCGUCGACGUACCUGGGGGACCAGAACCCGGAUUCCAAUUCGCUACAUGCCAGUGACGGACGGCAGAGCGUGGACAUGCGUUCCAACCCUGGUCCAAACACUGCCAGAGAAGCUGAGAUCGACGUCGUCGUCAUCACCACCAUUGCCAAUAUGCCUCCAGCUACCAUGCGUGCCGUUGUCCUGAAGGGCAACUUCCAUGUCGAAGUCGAAGAUAGACCCUAUCCGAAGCUCCAGAAACCCACUGACGCCGUGCUCAAAGUCACGUCGACUGCUCUCUGCGGCUCCGACCUCCACUUCUACCGUGGCCACCUGAAGUGCCCGCCGAACUUCGUGUGUGGACACGAAUUCGUGGGCACCAUCGCCGAGAAGGGCGACGCCGUCACCAACUUCCAGAUUGGCGACAAGGUCGUCGUGCCCUUUUACACCGCCUGCCAGGAAUGCUACUACUGCGUGCGUGGCCAGGCCAGUCGCUGCGUCAACGGUGAACUGUUUGGCAAUUCGGUCCCCGCCAACACCGUCGACGGGGGCCAGGCCGAGUACGUGCGCGUGCCAUUGGCGAAUACGACCCUGGUCAAAGCCCCGACCGGAAUCCCCGAGGAAAUGCUCGUGCUCAUGGCCGACAUCUUCCCGACGGGCUACUUCGCGGCGUCGCGGUUCCUGAAGAACCUGCCGCAGCGCGACCGCGACGAGUUCACCACGGUGGUGAUCGGGUGCGGGCCCGUGGGCAUCUGCGCCAUCACCUGCGCGCUGACCAUGGUCAAGACGGUGUAUGCGAUCGACUCGGUGCCGGAGCGGCUGGCGGAGGCCGAAAAGAUCGGCGCCAUCCCCAUCAACCUCAACGACAACCCCGUCGAGAAGAUCAAGGCGGCUAGCGGCGGGCGCGGCGCGGACGUCGUGCUCGAGGUGGUCGGCCACACGGACGCCUUCAUGCUGGCCUUCGACAUGAUCCGACCCUUUGGCCAGAUCUCGUCCAUCGGCGUGCACACGGAGCCGAUCCCGCUCAACGGCCUGCUGUGCUACGGCAAGAACGUGACCAUGGCCUUUGGCCGGUGCCCUGUGCGCAGCAUCUUCGAGGAUGCCCUCGCCAUCUUGGUCCAGGAGCAGAAGAAGGUCGCCUUCCUGUGCGGCCGCACCAUGUCCCUCGAGGACGCGCCCCAGGCGUACAAGGACUUUGAGGCUCGCAAGGUCCACAAGAUCGUCUUCAAGAUGCCGGGCGAGCAGACCGGUCAGGCUAUUGCGGAUAAGGUGUAA